AUGGCAGCCGAGCGAAGCUGCAGCAGCGGCCGGGCGAGGAGAAGCGCGGUUGUGCUCGAGAGGAAGAUGACCUAUGGCGGCGAGGAGCGACCGGCUAGCGGAGGCCAGCAAGAGUUGUCAAUACACAUGGGAUUUGAGUCAGCUAGCUCUUCUAACGAUGGUCGUGAUGAAGUGACUUUGUUCAGCGAGUCGAUCCUUGUGCUGAAAUCGCUGAAACCGAACCGAACUGAACAGCAAAAUGCAGUGCGCAACAUUGCAUUGGUGGUCGGUGGUGGCGGCACAUUCAACAUUAGAAAACCUAGGGUUUCUGGAGACCUUGGGCAGCUAGAUGACGAGGACGAGUAUGAGGAGUCAGGUGGGGGUAACCGCCUUCUGGGAUUAAUGUUCAGGAAUGUUGAUGACUCUGGUGAUCUCGAUGUUGAUUAUCUUGAUGAGGAUACCAAAGAACAUCUUGGUGCAUUGGUUGACAAGCUUGGUCCAUCACUGGCUGAUAUUUGGGAAUGUCCAGCUAAUAGUAGUAACAAAUACAACAAGAUGGUAGAAAAAGAUCGUAUCUUUGAUUUUCUACAUGGUCUUAACCCUGAUUUGGAUGAAGGUAGGAGAAAGGUUUUGGGCACAAAGCCCUUACCAUCCCUUAGAGAAGUGUUUGCAAAAGAUAUGGACCCCAAUGAAAUAGAAAACCAACGCCAAAGGGUUAUUACGGGCUGGUGGACUGCGGUGCUUCAGGGACGCGUCAUGCAACCUGUUGAUGUUCUGGGAACUUUUCUUCACAUAGUUGUUCCUGUCAUACAACAAGUCCCGCCAGGCCCAGUACUCUCGUAUAUAGUAGAAUUCCAGUUGGGCUACUUGGUGUCCAUACUAACCCCAGAGAUGCAGGGAUUGGCUCAUCAACUUUUGGAGCAAGCUAUUUACCCUGACACCGAGACAUUUGUUGACCAUUUGCGCGAGGCAAAACAAAACCAAGGAAUUGGAGACGUGUCGGUAGACGUGGAUGAUCUUGUAGAUUUUUCUGAGGAGAGGGAACUCACGCCUCCCACUGCAUCAGAUGGGAGGCGUGAGUUCCCUCUCCUUAGGAAAAUCUACAAGAUCAUCCACGUCUACCGGCACGUCUCCAAUUCCUUGGUUUUCUUCUGCCUUGCGCAAAUGGUCAACAAAUGUCUCGGUGUCAGGGCAGAUGUUCUUCCCAUCCCUUUGAGAAGUCAAUUACACACGCUCUCAGCAUGUCUUCCAAUGUUUGGAUGGUUCGUUCCGACUGGCCAUCUGUUUGUGGAUGGUAUGCAGUACUCAUCUGCAAGCGUGUUCCCAGACGCUCUUGCAAGCUUCUCCAAAACCGAGAGGAUGAAUCGUAUAGUUGGCUCUAUGAGCUUCGUGAAUUAGCUCCCUGAUGAAGCAAUUGCAUUAGCUGCUGCAUCACAUAUAGAGAGGGAACUGCAGAUAACACCAUGGAACUUGAGUAGCAAUUUUGUUGCUUGUACAAGUCAGGACAGAGAAAAUAUUGAGCGUUUGGAAAUUACUGGUGUUGGUGAUCCAUCUGGAAGGGGCCUGGGUUUCAGCUAUGUCCGCACUGCUCCAAAGGCACCAAUAUCAAAUGCACUGACAAAGAAAAAAACAGCUGUUAGUCGGGGAAGUUCAACUGUGACGGGAACAGAUGCUGAUCUUCAUAGAUUGAGCAUGGAAGCUGCACGAGAGGUUCUCCUCAAGUUCAAUGUACCAGAGGAACAAAUUGCAAAACAAACUAGGUGGCAUCGAAUUGCUAUGAUUCGGAAGCUUUCAAGUGAGCAAGCUGAAUCUGGCAUCAAGGUUGACCCAACAACAAUAAGCAAGUAUGCACGUGGACAGCGUAUGUCCUUUCUCCAGCUUCAGCAACAAAUGAGAGAAAAAUGUCAGGAAAUAUGGGAUCAGCAAGUUCAAAGUCUUUCUGCUGUUGAUGGUGAUGAAUAUGAGAGUGAGUCUGAAGCAAAUAGUGACCUGGAUUCUUUUGCUGGGGACGUAGAAAAUUUGCUGGAUGCAGAAGAAUGUGAAGAAGGGGAGGGUAACUAUGAAUCCAAGCAUGAAAAAUUAGAUGGCAUGAAAGGGCUUAAAAUGAGAAGGCGCCCAUUGCAAGCUCAGGCGGAAGAAGAAAUUGAAGAUGAGGCUGCUGAAGCAGCAGAACUAUGCAGGAUGCUUAUGGACGAUGAUGAAGCUGAGCGAAAAAAGAAGAAAAAGCCAAGAGCUGCAGGGGAGGGAUUGGGACUUGUGGAUUCACACUUGAGUCUCAGUUACAAUAAUGCAGAAGGGGUCAAGAAAACUAGUACAGUGGCUAAGAAAAUGGCGAGGACUGGCCAACCUGAUGAAUCUUAUACAUCAAAAGAAAAUAUAAUUUGGAAUCCAAAGAAGGAGGAAAAGCUUCUUGCUAAGAAGAACUUGUCUGGAAAGGCAAAAGUUAUGAAAAAGAAUGACCUAGAAAGCAUGGGCUUACUUAACAAGAAAGUUAAAAUAUUGGGGGAUGGAAUUAAGGAAAAGAAAUCCGCUAGAGAAAAGUUUGUCUGUGGAGCUUGUGGACAGCUUGGGCACAUGAGGACCAACAAGAAUUGCCCAAAGUAUGGAGAAGAUUUAGAUACACAAGUUGAAGGUACAGAACCAGAUAAGGCAUCCACAAGGGCUAAUUCCUCGGAUUGCCUGGGUCAAACUCAGCAGAAAACUGUGACAAAGAAGCCUGUACCAAAAGGUGCAACUAAAAUGGCUCUCCUUGAAGUUCCUGAGGAGGAUAAAUCUAGUUCGAAGACAAAAGUUCUGAAGGUCAAAUGUGGCACCACUGACAAAGUUCCUGAUAGACUUACUCCUUCAGCCUCACAAAGUUCUGAAAGACCGGUGACAUCAGAUGUAGAAGUUGGGAAUAAACCAGCCGUUAAGGUUAACAAGAUAAUAUUCUCAAACAAGAUGAAAUCCGAUGAUGCCCCUGUUGAAUCUCACAAACCCUCUAUUGUGAUAAAGCCUCCAGUAGAGACGGAAAAAGACUUGCCCCGGAAGAAGAUUAUUAUUAAACGCCCAAAGGAUACUAUUAAUGUUGACCAGGAUAGCAGGGAUGGCGAAGCUGGUCUUGAGUACAGGAAGAUGAAGAAAAUUAUUGAAUUGUCCCUUCUUGCGGAGCAUCAAAGCAAACGCUUACCCGAAGAGAGCUCCAAAAAAAGUAGAGAGGAUAAAAGAUGGUGGGAAGAGGAAGAGAAACAUAGAAAUGCAGAGAGUGAAAGAGAAGAGAGGUCCAGGAGAUUGUAUGAACAAAGUAGGAUACUGGAAGAGCAAGAGAGGUUAGCUGAGCUCAGGAGAUAUGAAGAAGCCCUAAGAAGAGAGAGGGAGGAAGAAGAACAACAGAGGGCAAAGAAGAAAAAGAAAAAGAAAAGACCUGAAAUAAGAGAUGAAUCAGAUGAUUAUACAGAUGACUUUCGUCCCAGAAGAACUGAUAGGAGGCUACCAGAAAGAGAACGAACAGCAAAGAGGCAGCCAAUAGUUGAAUUGGGAAGGUAUGGUGCAGAGUAUGCUCCACCAAAAAAAUGCCGUAGGGUGGGAGAGGUUGGUUUGGCAAACAUCUUAGAGGGCAUCCUGGAAACCCUGAAGGAGAAGUAUGACAUAUCCUACCUCUUCUUAAAACCGGUGUCCAAGAGCGGCCCGGACUACUUGGACGUCAUAAGGCGCCCCAUGGAUCUGUCGACAAUCAGGGAGAAGGUGAGGAAGUUCGAGUACAAGAGCCGAGAGGAAUUCAGGCACGAUGUUUGGCAGAUCACCUUCAAUGCUCAUAUAUACAAUGACAAGCGAAACCCAGGUAUUCCCCCCCUUGCAGAUCAGCUCCUGGAAAUCUGUGACUUUUUGUUAGAUGAGAAUGCUGCAGCGUUGAUGGAAGCUGAAGCUGGAAUUGAGUAGAAGGGGGGCAGUUCACUGGAAAGAAAGAAUAGAAUGUUGUCAAUUACAUCCUUCCUUUCCCCCACCCCCCAUUUGUUUCUUCAUCUUCUCUUCUCGUUUCUCUCUCUUCUCCUGUUGUUUGUAUGUAAUAUUCCUCCUUUUGCGAUGGUUGCAUCGACAUUUCUUCUGUAUCUUACAUUUCUUCCUGCCUAUAUACAAUUAAUCACAGAAAUAAUCAAAUGAGCUCCCAAGGAUCCAGCCCCCUAUACGAGCUACGCCACUGGGCUUUCGAUGGGCCUAAUGUUAUUAUUCUUUUUUUUUUUUUUUUUUUUACAUUUACAAAUAUAUGAAUU